GUAGUAAAUGCUGAGCGAGUAGAAUCUAAUCACCUCCUUUUUGCCGCAAAUAUAAAUACCGCGAAAGUCUACUCUUUAAGUCUCCCCACAAGUGAAGACUUCUUAAGUAGAUCCUUGUUUUUCAGCCUCCAAGAAUCCAAAACAUUGCCGUUCACAACCCACACAGGCCUACUUUCAUAAAUCGCAGUGAAGGACUUGGCAGGAGGCACCUUGAAGUCCCAAUAUGAGUCUAGCUUGUCUUGUGUGCCAUAGUGUAGAUAGUCCAUCACACUCUUUUAGGAGUUACUCUGUCUCGAGUUCAGAAAACGAAGGAAGAUGUUCUGCCAUUGCUAAUUGCUUAGCCAGAAAAUCAUCUCUUUCAGCACCAACGAUUUCAUCCCUAUUGUCAUCAUCCAAAGUGACUCCACAACCACCUAUUCCAACCAGUGGUGGAAUGGCAGGUCCACCCCGGCUAGUCAGGAGCCGCGCUGUGAGAAGGGACAUUGUCAGAGACUGGAAUUUCGACGAGGUUGUGAUGGAACAUUAGGGUUUAUAGAUUUAAGAUAUGAGAGUAAAAUAGUUCUAGGAAACAAUCUUUGCAAUCUACUUUGGUUUGUUAUGAAUGCAACUCAACUCACCUUUUUUUUUUUUUUCCAUCUUUUUUUCCUGUAGAAGAGUCUGUGCAUUUGUAACUAUUUGAGAAAAUAUGCCCUUUUGAGUAGUAGUAUUUUUUUCUUACUAUGGGUUCAAGAUUCUA